AUGACAAAGCCGAAGGGCGCAAAAAGCCUCUACGAAAUCGCCCUCUACAAAGCCACUCGCCGCAUCAUUCGCGAUACUAAAAGUGGCUUCGACACCUUCUCCUCCCUGUCUCAGAGGUUCCAAAACGAAAUCUUCCACCAAUUCCAAAAGCAAGUCAACCUCAGCAUCAACAAGUCCUCGAAAAGCGUGAAAAGCCUGUUCGAGAUCAGCCUCCACAAAGCCGCCUACGAAAUGAUGGGCGACGGUGCAGGUGGCUUCAACAUUUACUCCUCCCUGCCGUGGAAGCUGCAAGCCGAUAUCUUCCGCCAUUUGCAGAAGGAAGUGCUCAGGGAAGACAAGUUGACGCGCAUGUUCACGGUCCAGGUGAAGGCGAUGCAGGCUGAGUUGGCGGCGAUGCGAGUUCAGAUGGAUGAAGACACACGCUGGUUGAAAGAGCAACAUGACGCAAAUGACCGCCGAAUGGCCGCGUUCGACGCUCAACUCAGGGACUUCGAUCGCAGAUCGAAAGCAACUGCGUUGCGCUGGAGGAGUUGA